AUGCGUGGCCGCAACGAGGAUGUGGACCUGGAGACCUUGCGCCCGACACAUGUGUCGGGCGCUGGCCCCUUCGACAUGUCCUGCGAAGCCCUGUUUGCCCUGAAUGAGAACAAGUCUGACGCGGACAUGGCCAGGGCCGGUGGCCUGGCCGGGGUGGCUUCCGCCCUGCGCACCGACCUCCACCAGGGCUGCAACCUGGAGGGGCCAACGGGGCUGGCCGCGCGCCGGGAGGCAUAUGGGAGCAACGUCUUUAAGCCCGUCCCUGCUAAGAACUUUUUCGUCCUCUGGUAUUCCGUCCUCAAGGACCCGACGCUGAUCAUGCUCAUGGCUGCAGCGCUGGUAUCCACCAUCAUUGGCACGGCUGUCAAGGCUGAGCGAGACGACCAGGCGUACACCGAGGGCAUUGCCAUCUGGGUGGCUGUCCUUGUGGUGUCCCUGGUUGGGGCCGGCAACGACUGGCAAAAGGACCGCCAGUUCCAGAAGCUCAACUCCCAGCGUGACGUGAUCGAGGUCAAGGUCCUACGCGGCGGCGCCCAGGCCACCUGCCUGAACAGCGAGGUGGUUGUUGGCGACGUGCUGUGCCUGGACACCGGGGACAAGAUCGUGGCGGAUGGCUACAUGAUCGACGGGCAUGGGCUGGUGGUGGACGAGGCAAGCCUGACGGGGGAGGCCGAGCCCAUCAAGAAGGGCGAGCGCGACCCAUGGAUGCGGUCGGGGACGCAGGUCACUGAGGGCUCCGGCCGCAUGCUGGUUCUAGCAGUCGGGGAGCAGUCGGACUGGGGUCGGACGAUGAGCAUGGUGCAGGUGGAGUCCCCGGACACCCCCCUCCAGGAGAAGCUGGGCGUGCUGGCCACCGCCAUCGGGAAGCUGGGCCUCGUGGUUGCGGUCAUCUGCUUCUUCGUCCUGCUCAUCCGCUGGAUGGUGGAGAAUCGCGGGUUCCCCCUGUCCCAGUUCGCCUCCGGUCCCCUGGAGUUCUUCAUCUUUGCCGUGACCAUCGUCGUGGUGGCGGUGCCAGAGGGCCUCCCCCUGGCGGUUACCAUCUCCCUGGCAUACUCCAUGGGCAAGAUGCUGAAGGACAACAACUUCGUGCGCGUUCUGGCGGCCUGCGAGACCAUGGGCGGCGCCACCGCCAUCUGCUCCGACAAGACCGGGACGCUGACCGAGAACCGCAUGACCGUCGUCGACGGCUGGUUUGCGGGGGCUGCCACCAAGGGCCUGCCCCUGCUUCAGGAUUUGGGAUCAGGGGUGGGCGAAGCCAUCGUGGACAACAUCUCCCUCAACUCCAAGGCGUUCCUGGUGGAAGGCGAGCACGGCGGCGUGGAAUUCGUGGGCAACCGCACGGAGUGCGCGCUGCUCAUGCUGGCGCGCGGCUGGGAGCGCGACUACCGCGACGUGCGCGCCGCGCUGAGCGACGACGUGGCCAUGGUCUUCAAUUUCUCUUCGGAGCGCAAGAUGUCGAGCUCACAGCCCUUUACCAGCCUGACAUUGACGCCAGGGUGUACCCUGGGAGUCAAAUGGUGUUAUGUGCCGGUGCCCAAGGGGGCGCUGGAGGAUGCCUGGUCCGAGCCGCCAGAGCGUGACAUGACCCUGCUGUGCAUCGUGGGCAUCAAGGACCCUGUGCGCCAGGAGGUCCCCGAGGCGGUGGCCACCUGCCAGCGCGCCGGCAUCGUGGUGCGGAUGGUGACGGGCGACAACAUCCACACCGCCUGUCACAUCGCGCGGGAGUGCGGCAUCCUGACCCCGGACGGCGUCGCCAUGGAGGGGCCAGAGUUCAGGAACAUGGACGAGCAGGAGCUGCUGCAGCUCCUGCCACGCCUCCAGGUGCUGGCCCGCUCAUCGCCCACCGACAAGCACACACUCGUGAGGACCCUGAAGCGGCUGGGGGAGGUGGUGGCGGUCACUGGUGAUGGUACCAAUGAUGCCCCUGCCCUCAAGGAGUCGGAUGUUGGACUGGCCAUGGGCAUUGCAGGUACUGAGGUUGCCAAAGAGGCCGCUGACAUCAUCAUCCUGGACGACAACUUCUCCUCCAUCGUCAAGUCGGUGCUGUGGGGGCGCUCUGUCUUCUCCAACAUCCGCAAGUUUCUCCAGUUCCAGCUCACCAUCAACCUGGUGGCCCUCACGGUGGCCUUCAUUGCCGCGGUGUCCAAGGGCGAGCAGCCCUUGAAUGUGCUGCAGCUUCUGUGGGUCAACCUGAUCAUGGACUCUCUUGCCGCCCUGGCCCUGGCCACUGAGAACCCGACCCCCGACCUGCUGCUGGAGCGGCCCCACGGCCGCAACGAGUCGCUCAUCAACAAGACCAUGGCCAAACACAUCGUGGUCCAGGCGUUGUACCAGUGCUUCUGGCUCUUCCUCAUCUUCUACGGCAUGCCGGCCCAGCUCCCGGCCUUCGCCAUACCUAGCCAGUGCGACUACUACCAGGCGCAGACGACGCUGUGCUGCGAGGCAGGCAGCGCCGCCUGCCUGCAGUCUGGCGGCGGCAUGUACCUCCCGGGUGAGACGCCCAUCUGCGUCACGUAUCCAGAGGGUGGCUGCACCAUCACCGAGCCGAGCCAGACGGGGUUCUGCAGUGGCGAGGAGACGGGCUGCAGCCGCUACACCAGCAUGCAGAGUGCUUACGACGCCGCAGAGAGUGGCUUCACCUCCACCGAGGAGACAGCCAAGCGGCUGACAAACAGCAUGGUCUUCAACACCUUCAUCUUCCUCCAGCUGUUCAAUGAGAUCAACUCGCGCAAGAUCCGGGACGAGCUCAACGUCUUCAAGGGCUUCCUCUCCUCCAUUGUAUUCACCGUGGUGCUCGCACUCACCGUCGGGUUCCAGGUAAUCAUCAUGUUCUUCCUCAACGGCAUCUUCAAGACCACGCGGCUGUCGGGCCUGGAAUGGGCCCUGUCCAUCAUCAUCGGCUCGAGCGUGCUGCUGGUCAGCCUGCUGACCAAGCUCAUCUCCAGGCGCUUUUUCCCGCCCCAAGAACCCACAGAGGAGGAGGAGGAGGAGAGGCGCCGCUCUUUCCACGCACCCGAGGAUCUGUACCGCCUGCACUGGUGGCAGUGGCUGCGUCCCCCGCCCCCCGCCCACGUCAAGAGCGCCUGGAAGGAGCAGAAGCAGGAGGCCAAGGCUGCGCGGCGCCGGCAGCGCUCUGGGAAUGCCCAGGUGGCGGUCAUGACCGCCUGA